CCAUCUUUUUUGUAAGUCGUGGUUUUGUUUUGUUUGCGGAUUUGUUGAAUUGAUCAAGUUUGUACAGGAUAUUAUUUCCAAAUAAAUUAUUUUACAGGAUAAACCUAUAAAAUUUCCAUAACGUGAAAUGGGGAAAAAUUCAAAACAAAGAAAUCGUUCUAAAAAUGCACAUGCUACAAAGGUACAAAAGAACAAUAAGAUUCUAAGGAAGAAGUCAAGUAAAACCAACAAGAAUAUAAAAGUAUUGUUUGAUCGCCUUCGUAAUGGAAGUGACUCAUCUUCUCCAAGCUGCUCCAACAAUACUGUCAUAGAACUUGACUGUUCAGAGAUCAAGCAAGACAAACAAAACCUAACCAGUAGUUUUUUCAUUGGGGAUGGUGAAGAUGGUAAUUUAAUAAUAAAUAAUGCUCCUUGCCCUGAACAAUGCUCAACGCCUUUAUCCAGCAAACAUAAUUCAAAAAUGGAAUCACCUCUCCGAACAAACAAUAAUUCAAACUCCAUACAGAAUUUUCAACAAGAAGUGGAGGAUUUAACGAGAGAAAUUAAUAGAGAUUCUUAUUUAACAAUAGAUUUAACAAAUGAUACUACUCUUAAUACUACAAAUCCGCAAACUACAGUCAUAGAUUUAGCUAAUACCACAGACAAUCACACAGUGUCAAAUACGAAUUUGUCUAUGAGCGGAGAUUCUGAUGUUACUGUAGUAAAUGUUGGGAGACGUAAAGAUCGAGUGAACAGCACACAAAUGAAGAAGUUUUUGAAUGCAAUAGCAAAUAUGGAUUCCUCACAAAAAGGAACAUUGUUAGAUCUUAUGGCACAAAGGAUUUUUAAUGGUUGCAAUGGAACUAGCAGUAAAACUAGUUUGCCGAGCCUUAAGACUGGCGCCGCACGCGCACCUGAGUCAGCGGAGGACACGUACAUAAAGCAGGUGAUACUGGGCAGGCAGGUCUCCCGCAACAGCAUCGGCAGCAACAUCUACAACCCCGAGCGAGACAUACGUAACAAGACCGGCUUGAGGAUGAUUGUUAUAGAUGGCAGCAACGUUGCUAUGCAGCACAGCCGGGGCAGAGUUUUUUCAGUAAAGGGGCUAAAAAUAUGCAUUGAAUAUUUUGUGCAGCGCGGACAUGCUGUCAAGGCCUUUGUGCCCCAAUUCAGGUGUAAAGCAGGCAAAAGCACAGACGGCAAACUGCUCAGCCAGUUGGAGAGACAAGGGCUCGUGGUGUUCACGCCCUCCCGCGAGAUACAGGGCAGAUUGAUCAAUUCCUAUGACGACAGAUACAUAGUGCAGUGCGCAGCGGAGUUCGAUGGAGUCAUAGUGUCCGGAGACAAUUACAGGGACCUGCUGCUCGAAAACCCAAGAUGGCGGCAUGUCAUAGAGAAUAGACUUCUGCAGUUCACGUGGGUCGGGGAUAUGAUCAUGUUCCCCCGGGACCCCCUGGGGCGAAAUGGACCCACACUGGAACAAUUUCUAAGACACUCCCCAACUGUGUAGUGUAGUGGCAUAGACAAUAUAGAAUAAAAAAAAGACUAUCAGAGACAAUAUGUCCUAUUUUUCUAAAUGUGAUAUUAAUGUUUGUGUAGAAAUUUGUGUGAGCGUAAUAGAGAAGUUUAAUUUUUUUAUGUUAAAAUUUUUGUUACUUAUCUGCAAUUUUUUUAAAAAGAUAAACUGUUCUAUUAUAUCCUACUAAUUAAAAGAGGUUAGAAAAAAUAUUGAGAAAAAUAUAACAUUUUGCUUAAUAUUUUGAGCCAAAAAAUUCCUCUUUUAACUGAAAAUAUACUGGAGCAGUUUCACUUUACGAAGGAAAAAGUUUUUUUUUUUUUUUGAGAUCUCUCAACAUAACUACUUUUUUUUUAUAACUAUACUUAAUGUAAUUAUUGAAAUUGCAAUACAAAAUAUAAAAAUUAAAAAAAAAAAAACUUUUUGUAAAAAUUUAAACAAAGAUAUUUUUUUAUAUUUUAGAUGAGAUUUACUUUUGGAUGAAAAAAUUUUGGUACUAAAUUGACAACUGAAAAUAGACAGAAAGGCAUUCCAAUAUCAUAGUCAUU